AUGGUGGUUAAUAGGUUCGACAUUCCUUCCGUUGUCAUCACUGUCACUCCCGCCAUCAGCAGUGUCGGUCCUGCUACUGAAGGUGAGAGGGCUGAGGAAGGAAGACUGGCUAAAAGCAGAGUGCGUGGAGGUAAGACGUGUUGCUACGCGGGUGGCAUCGGAAUGGACGGAAAACUUGAAACGGAGCGUGAGUACGACGAAUUCCACGUUUUAAGUGAGGGAACAGGCUUGAAGUCGGCGAGCAAAUGCGACGCCGCUCUUACCUCCACCCACUUCUCCGGCCUCGUCUCCAAUCUCAUCGGCCACUUCUGCGAAAUCAGUGGGUACUGA